UGAUACUGGAGUGGAUGCAGGACGUGGGACGCUGAUGCUGAUGCUGGGGGACCAGCACAGUGAUGGAGCGGCGACGACGCUGAAAAGGAUGCAGUAAACACCCUUGUCGAUCCGUGAAGGGGCUUUUCUUACGGACUCUCAGUGUCACAGAACCUCGGGAGAUGUAUGGCAGCGCGCGCGCCGUCGGCCACAUCGAGGGCAGCCCCGCUCGCUCCCCACGGCUGCCCCGCUCUCCUCGGUUGGGCCACCGUCGAGCCAACAGUGGCAGUUCGGGCGGCAAGACCUUAUCCAUGGAGAACAUCCAAUCCCUCAACGCUGCCUACGCAACAUCUGGCCCAAUGUACUUGAGCGACCAUGAAGGUGUUGGAUCCACGGCCACUUACCCUAAAGGCACCAUGACGCUCGGUCGGGCCACGAGUCGAGCGAUGUAUGGCGGCCGGGUUUCGGGCAUGGGCAGCACCCCUAAUAUCGCAACGGUGGGACUCCCACACGCUGACCUGCUGUCUUAUGGAGAUCUGGGCUCGCUGUCUAUGCUCCACCACCAGGGGACGCCGUCGGCCCUGCUGCGGCAGGCGGUUAGGGGCAGUGGAGGUGAACUUUUGGAGCUCCAGGCGCAGCUGCGGGACAUGCAGAGGGAAAACGAGCUGCUUCGGAGGGAGCUGGACCUGAAGGACAGCAAGCUGGGCUCUUCCACCAAUAGCAUCAAGAGCUUCUGGAGCCCCGAGCUGAAGAAAGAACGUGUGAUGAGGAAAGAGGAGGCAGCUCGCACGUCAAUCCUCAAAGAACAGAUGCGAGUGACUCACGAGGAGAAUCAGCACCUGUUGGACGCCAGGAGGACAAAGCACCUCCAGCUGACCAUCCAGGCCCUGCAGGAUGAGUUGAGGACUCAACGUGAUCUCAACCACCUUCUUCAGCAGGAGAGCGGGUCGCGGGCCAGUGGCGUCGAGCACUUCACCACCAUCGAGCUGACCGAGGAGAACUUCCGUCGACUCCAGGCCGAACACGACCGUCAGGCCAAAGAGCUCUUCCUCUUGAGGAAGACACUGGAAGAGAUGGAGCUUAGGAUUGAAACGCAGAAACAGACGCUAGGAGCCAGAGACGAGUCCAUAAAGAAGCUGUUAGAGAUGCUGCAGAGUAAAGGGCUUCCUCCAGCAUCAGGAAGAGCGUCGGAUGAGGAAGAGCAAGAGCGAGCCAGGCGUAUCGCAGAGGCCGAAGCUCAGCUGGGACACCUAGAGGUGAUAUUAGACCAGAAGGAGAAGGAAAACAUCCAUCUGAGAGAGGAGCUUCACCGGAGAAACCAGCUUCACCCAGACCCUGGAAAAACUAAAGCUCUUCAGACUAUCAUAGAGAUGAAGGACACCAAAAUCGCAUCCCUGGAACGCAACAUUCGGGACCUGGAGGAUGAGAUACAGAUGUUAAAGGCGAAUGGAUUGCUGAACACGGAGGAUCGAGAGGAGGAGAUCAAACAGAUGGAGGUCUACAAAAACCACUCCAAGUUCAUGAAGACCAAGAUCGACCAGCUCAAGCAGGAGCUCUCAAAAAAAGAGUCUGAGCUUUUAGCUCUCCAAACAAAACUGGAAACUCUGAAUAAUCAGAAUUCAGACUGCAAACAGCAUAUUGAAGUGCUCAAAGAAUCCCUCACUGCCAAAGAGCAACGCGCUGCCAUCCUACAAACAGAGGUGGACGCUCUUAGAUUGCGUCUGGAGGAGAAGGAAUCUUUCCUUAAUAAGAAGACGAAGCAACUGCAAGACUUGACAGAGGAGAAGGGAACACUGGCCGGGGAGAUCAGAGACAUGAAAGACAUGCUGGAAGUCAAGGAGCGCAAGAUAAAUGUCCUGCAGAAGAAGAUUGAGAACCUUCAGGAGCAGCUGAGGGAUAAAGAUAAACAGCUCGGGAAUCUAAAGGACAGAGUGAAGUCUCUCCAGACGGACUCCAGCAACACUGAUACUGCCCUCGCCACGCUAGAGGAAGCCCUGUCUGAGAAGGAGCGAAUUAUCGAGCGCCUGAAAGAGCAAAGGGAGAGGGAAGACCGAGAGAGACUGGAGGAGGUGGACUCGUAUAAAAAAGAGAAUAAAGACCUGAAAGAGAAGGUGAACACUUUACAAGUGGAGCUUACAGAGAAAGAGUCGAGUCUCAUAGAUUUAAAAGAGCACGCCUCCUCGCUGGCCUCGUCGGGUCUCAAGAAAGACUCCAAACUCAAGUCCCUUGAGAUCGCAAUCGAGCAAAAGAAAGAGGAAUGCAGUAAACUGGAGACACAGCUGCAGAAGCAAGCAGAGCAGCUGUUCAGUCAAAUGAACAAUCCCAAGGCUCAUGACAUGGAGGUGCAGCAAAGCUCACGUGGGAACCCUGAGUAUGUGGACCGGGUCAAACUUCUGGAAAAGGAGGUGUCCUUCUACAAAGAGGAGUCCAGCAAAUCCCAGGCCGAGGUCGAGAGGUUACUGGAGAUUCUGAGAGAGGUGGAGACAGAGAAAAAUGACAAAGAUAAGAAGAUCGCAGAACUGGAAAGUCUUGCUCCCAGGCAAACCAAGGAUCAAAAUAAAAAGGGCCCAGGCAUCAAGCUUGGUCCUCAGAUGGACAAGAAAGGCCCUGGGAAUAUCUUGCAAGACCAACGGAAGGAUAAUCCAAUGGACAACCCAAAGAUGGAGGAGUUGAUGAAUGUUUUGGAGAAGACGAGGCAGGAGUUGGAUGCCACUAAACAGCGUCUGUCCUCCACCCAACAGUCUCUGGCUGAGAGAGACGGCCAUCUGACCAACCUCCGACAGGAGCGUAGAAAACAGCUCGAGGAGAUCUUGGAGAUGAAACAACAGGCUCUGCUCGCUGCUAUCAGUGAGAAGGAUGCUAACAUCGCUUUGCUGGAGCUGUCCUCCUCCAAUAAGAAGAAGACACAAGAGGAAGUGUUGGCACUGAAAAGAGAGAAAGACAGAUUAAUGCAUCAGCUCAAGCAACAGACACAGAGCAGGAUGAAACUUAUCGCUGACAACUACGAGGACGACCAUUACCACCUUCACGCUCCACCUCCCCACAUGCAACCACAACCCCUUCAUCCUCAACCCCAACCCCAGCCGCCGUACCCACAGCCCCAACACCCCCAACACCCCCAACACCCCACCAGCCUCCUUACCCCCACGCGCCCCAUCCCCAACACCCACAGCCUCCACCCCACCACCCUCCGCACACCCGCAGCAGCCCCCAGCCUCAGUACCCCCACCCACAACACCCCAGCACCCUCAACCGCCCGGCCCUCACCAGCACCCACCUAGACCCCAGCCACCCCACCCUCAACACCCUCACCCCGGGGUCCCUCCUCAGCAGCACCCUCACGGCCCCCCACCUCAGCAGGGCCCUCACCCUCAGCCCAUGCCACACCCGCAGCAGCACCCGCAGCAGCACCCGCAGCAGCACCCCCAUCACCCCCCGCACCCCGGCCCACAGGGCCCACACCCUCGACACCCUCCACCACACCAUCGUGGUCCAGGCCGUGGACCGCCGCAUCCCGGACACCGACCGCUCCAGACCAGGUUUGUAAGGACGAUGAAGAAGGAAUUUGGGCGUAACUAUUUCCAAACCAAAGCUAUGAUGUUGUUUUAUGGGACAUUACAGUCACUAAAGGAGGAGCACAGCCAUGCCAUAGAGAUGAAAUUCUACAUUGUUCACUUGGCCAGUCUUUACCUACAAUCAGAUUCUUUUGGAUGGGGGCCCAUUUUUUCCAUGCAUUAAGGAAAGAGGCGGAGCAUUAGUUUGAGUGGGAGGGCCAAAGCUGGAGAUGACCACCUGAGCAGAUGAUUAAAAAAAAAUAAAUGGAGAGGAAGUCUGGACUGAACAGAAACACAGUAACUUUCUGGUGCAGUCCUUUUUCUAAAGACAUUUGCCUUGAAGACUCUCCAAGAGACACUGCAGCUGCUCCUUCUCGCCUGGUUUCCACUUGCAACCAGUGCAUGCAUCCAGCUGGCCCCGCCCCUUCUAACCACUGCCCCGCCCACUCUCCUCUAGCUCCACCUCUUCAAAGAAGCAACAAAUCAGCCCAUUCGAGCCUCGCUUCUGUCAGCUUUGGUCAUUUCUCAGCUUUUUCAUGUAAUCCAAUGUAAAAUAAUACCAUCCUGAUAAUCUCGUUUUGAACCAUUUUUUACGAUCACAUCCGCAUUAGCAGUUUUAAUCUUGAAGAAUUGCCUGCCUUCGAUUCUUUAGGUUUUACUAUAUGCGCUAUACAUUAUGUACUUAAGUUUGAGUAUGCACUACGAUAUGCAUGGGCCAAAUUUAAGUCUCCACUGUUGGUUUUUAGUGUAUAUUUGACCUUAGAGAGUUAGUAUACCUCAAAAGGUAGUCUACUCUAUGCAUUUAGUCUCACGCACAUAACAUCCACCAUGCUAACCAGAAUUUGCCCUUUCUUUUCGAUCGUGCUCCACUCCAAACACCGAGCCUGGUCUGCAUGUAAGCUCUCGUGCACCUAUGCACCUCCACCCCUUACAACAGGGAACAUUUCUAAUGGUGCUUCAACUGGUGCUCAGGCCCAAAAGAGAUGGAAUCAGCCGUGGCUAAACCAUUUCGGACAUCAGCUGUCCUGUAACACUCACUGAAUCCAUGGCGGCAAGUUUUUCGGAAGAUAAUUGAGAUGUUUUCCCAAGCUACAGCUGCAGGUCGUAGCAUUGAUGAAUUUGUCAAGACGUCCGUCGACAAGGCCAGUCCAAACCUGCGCGUCCCAUAAAGGGAGUGUCCUUCUCCUUUAACAGACCGCCCCACCAGGUACCGGCGGAGCUACCGCCAAAUUCUCGUAACGUCUCAACAUGGUGGCGAGUGCCUAUUUAUAAAUAGAUAGUAGAUAUAUAGAUAGAGAAAUACUAGCUAAAUAAAGUGUGUUUACUGUGGUCAGACUAUUGUGUCAGAAAUCAAAGGAAACCUUUUUUUUUUCUGUGUGUUUGAGUUGUGUGUGUUAUCAUUGUCUGUUUGGCCCUCACAGUGCUCCGAUUACAAGAUCUUGGCACUGGGGUCUAUGCAAAAAAAAAAGAACACAAAAAGUCUUUUGCAGGAGAUGUGCGGAAUCAAGAAACUAGAUCUUCAGCUAGAAAAAGUGUUGUAUAGAAUAUGUUGCACCUCACAAAAAGAACAAAAAAGCAAAUGGCAAUGAGAUUUGAACAAAAAAAAAACAUUUUUGUGACCCGAGGUGGAUUUCAUCACUGUCAUUUAAACGUACGUUAAAGGGAUAGUUCACCCAAAAAUGAAAAUACUGUCAUUAAUUACUCUUCUUCAUGUCGUUCCGAACCCAUAAGAUUUUCUUUCAUUUUCGGAACAUGAAUUAAAAUACUUUUUGAUAAAAUCUGUGAGCUCUCUCGUUCCCCACAGAACGCAACGCAACUGAUAAGUUCAAGGACAGAAAGGUAGUAAAGAAAUCAUUAAAAUAGUCCAUGUAAUCGGUUAUUCCGCCUUAAUGCUUUCUGACAUGGAACUGUAUGGUCAAAAAACGUAAUAAACGUCAAUGGCAAAGGCUGUCCGAUUAUCAAACAGAAUAUCUUCAAAAUAUCUUAUGUGUUCAGCAGAAGAAAGUAACUUAUACAGGUUUGGAACGACAUGACGUGGAGUAAAUGACAAUUUUCCCUUUAGGAUGGACUACGCCUUUAAGAACCAUGAACAUAGUUUCAGGUGGAGGAACACACUGAGAAGGCUGGGAUAUGUUAACAGUUGUUUUGCAUUGUCUUGUGUCAUUUCACUGCUGUUGUCUGUAAUCGUGGAAUUCACGUUAGGACUUUGGCAAAGCCCAAAGCAUAGCCAAGAUCUGACUGUUAAAUGACCCGUCUGUGCUGCCAUGUUGCGUUUCACCUUCUCGUUGUUCAUGCGCGGUCACAUCACUUCAAAAAUCGUAUAUAUGUUUCAGUUCUGUGCUCACGCAAUGCCAAAAUUACAGCAUUUAAAAGAUUCUUUUCCGAUCGCAAAUGCUUCGUUAAUGCACACUGAUCAUGUAAUGCAGUUGAUUUAACGUUUACGAUUUUGGUCAUUAUAAAAAUAUGUCACUAUUAGCAAGAUGGAAGUCUGAAAAAAAUUGCGGUAAUUCUGUCAUGGCGUGAGCGCAUCGUUGUCGCUGUGCUCUAGAAUAUUAUUACGUUUCUUUAACUAUUGUGACUGAUAAACACUGAUCCAGAAUAUGUCCACCAUGUGAAUACUGGAUGUUUCUGACUCGGUUUCAAACACUAGAAGAGUGUUUGAUCUGCUGUUCUAAUAUUAAUGUGUUAUGUCUGUCUGUCUGUCUCUUGUGCAAGUCUAUAAUUGUACUAUAAGGACAAAAAAGACGUCAGAUAUAUUGCAGUCCUCCACCUUCAGGACCUUUUAUUAUUGAAUACUUGAAGUAGGGGGAGAUCUCCUGCCUUCGGAAGAGAUAUAUUAUAUAGAACAAAGAAAAAAGAGAAAUGUUGACUUACGUGGUGAUGAUGCAUGAUUAUGUACAUUAUGUGCCAACUCUGGGCUGUGGUGAAGACUAAUAUUAGACUAAAGUCUAAUAGAUCUCUACGCAGAAAUAAUUAAUAACGAAAGAAAGAAAGAAGAUUCAGCCCGGUAGGGUCUUUAAAACUACGACGUAUGUCAACGGGCCUCUGGUUUGAGCAAAGGCCCGAAAUAAAGAGAACAAAAGUGAAGAUUUCUCUCUAUAUUUAUAUUUGUUGUGUGCCAGUUGCAUUGUUUCUUUUAUUUCACGAUGUCAAAAAAUGCAAACCUCUGGAUGAUACAAACCACUGUGACAAAUGCCAGAAAAGAAAUAGUAUAAUACUUCUUAAAAACAAACAAAAAAAAAAAGACAUUGUUUUUACUUUUUUAAGAUAUUUAUUUAUGUUAUGUUUUUUUUAUGGUUCAUGCUUUUUUGAAUAUGUCAGUUUGGGACUGUAAGAUUUGUACAUGAAAUUAGUUUCCUGUUCUUUUCCUGUACAGCAGUGCAAACAAGUCCAAUGUGAGUGUCAGCAUGCCGAAUGAUACCGUGUGAACGUGGGGUUCAUUUUCCCAUGGUGCACCAGUCGUCACCGAUGAGACGCAUUGGCAUCAUGAUGGUGUAAUGUGUUUGAGAAUGGUGUGUCCUCACCCACAUCUUCCCGCCCACUGCCAGUGGAUUGCCCGUGCAACUAAUUAAAAGCGUUCGCAUGUUUUCGGGGUGCAGAUCUGAGGCGCUAAAAGAGUGUGGGAUAUGCUUGCAUGAUUGUGUCUGUGUAUGCAAAUAAGAUUGUAACGGGGUGUGAAUGCUGCGCGUGUGUUGGAGAAUAUUGGCGGCGCGAGGGCCUAGCAGGCGCGACUGGGGUGUUCGGUGUGAAAUCUGUGUCAUGUUCGAUGUUUUUAAAGUCCUCAACCUCAAACCCUGAUAUUUGCUAUUGUAUGUGUUGUACCCCUCCUCCCCCCCAAACUAUUCUUGAGUGUCAGUCGGCUUGUUUAUAUCCAUUAAAUAAAAGUGACUUUCUUUCUGA